AUGCCGGCUUCAGGAAACACAAAAACCAAGAAAAUGCCUGAAGGGCAGUUUGAACUUAGCGAUGGUGAUGAAUUACUAGCUGCUUGGAGGGAUUGCAAAAUGGGAUUUCCAUGGAUCGAUGCUAUAAUGAUGCAGGGGGACAAUAACUCCAAAGUUUUUCGAGAACUCAGCUUGCAAACUUCAUCCAUGUUUAGAUUUCUCAUACCAUUAAAUGUCAAAACCAAGGUGGACGGUAAAAAGUUAACUGCUGUUGCUGAAGCAAUCGAGAAGAUUAACCCUCCUUUGGAAAAGGGCAAGAAGAGAUUAAAGAACGAUACAGAUGUCGAUGGAAAUCUUCAAAAACAGUCGCACCAAAAGAAAAAUAAACACCGAAUCACCCACACCUCAACUAACGUAGAAAUUUCAAGCGAUGAAGAAACUCUACAAACAAUGAAGAAGAAGUACGUCAAGAAAAUGUCGGCUCCAAGAAACACAAAAACCAAGAAAUUG